AUCAUUGAACGUUGUCAGUUUGGAGAAUUUUGUGAUCCUUAUAAAUGGUGGAUGACGAUCUAUACAGAUUAUAAUAUGACAAAUAGACAAACAAAGAAGGUUAAAAAGCCCUUGCAGACGACUUUGGGCAAAGCUCCAGGCCAAAAUGAAAAGGAAGAAACUGAUGUGUCCCACCUCAAAAGACCUAUAGAGACCAGUAUUUACAACAUCCAAGAUAUUUUCAAUUUAUUGAAGAAUGCUACAGAAGAGGUGAAAGAGUAUGUUACAUAUGAAUGUGAUAUAAUGUUUGAGUGCAGAAUAUGCAAGAAUAUAUUUCGGAGUUUAGCAAAUUUUAUCUUGCACAAAAGGAAUUUUUGUCGACUGAAAUUUAAGAGAUUAGACACAAGUUGCAAUGGGGACAUUCCGCAGGAACAAGUGCCUCCUCCUGAGCCUCCUGAAGAUAGAACCACAGUUAAAGGCUUAGUACCUGUUAUAGAAAAGUUAAAGGAGCAGCUGGAAGUAAAACAACUCACGCAAGAGCUCCUGGUUGCUGAUUUGUCAGCUGAACAGAAAAGUGAAGAUGACGUUUCCCACACAAGUAUGGGUAGCAGUGUCUUAUUGCAGAAUAUAGUCACUAACAAUGCAGCAGUUUUUCAAACUUUAAUGGGCAAUACCUCAAGUAGCAGUGAUGAUAAUCCAGAAUCCAUGAAGAAUGAGGUAAUGGAGCUGCAUGGGAUUCUGGAGAGUGAUAAGGUUGUUUUAGGGCCAGAUGGUAAGGUCUGCAAUUUCAAAACCAACCAGAUCAAUGCCAAGCCAGUAAUUCCUCCAUCGAGGUUUAGUUGUACCAAGUGCAAUGGGAAAUUUUCUACCAGAAAAACUCUUAGUUUUCACUUGAAGAACAAACACAAUAAUAGCAGAAUGGUGUAUGUUUGUCCAGAUUGUAAGGAAACUUUUGCCAACACUUGGUCCGUCUUCAGACAUCUCUACAAGGUUCAUAGGAAGUCUUCUUCUCAAGUUAAAAAAUUACGGGAGCAAAUUUCAAACAAUGUAAUUAGAAAAGAUCAAGAGACUCAGAAGAAGGUACAAAAAAAAGUUACCUCAAACACUGAAAAGCCAGACGAAGAAAAUCAGUGGUUGAAUAACAUUGAGGGCGAUAACGAUUUCCAAAUGUGCGGAGGAUGCGGUAAAAGAUUCGAGCGGAAAGCGGCUCUUCAAUCGCACGCGGCAAUGUGCGUUAAGAGAAUAGCGGUGUGUAACACAAUCAAAGAGAACAACGCCAAAAAGAAAGAAGAGGAGUCCAAAGAUAAAGCGAAACGGUUCAAAGAAGAGAAAUCUACUAGUCCUGAACAUCUGGAAACCCAGUUGAAAGGGGCUUCCAAGCGGAAACCAUAUUUAUUGAGAACCUAUAAGCAACCUUCUGGUACUAAAAUUGCCUCUAGGAGAAGCAGCUCUGUGGUUUCCAUGGAAACUACCUGUGAUACAUUCGUCACUUGCAGUAUUAGUGAUGAGGAGAAGACGAAACAAAGCAAAAAUAGUGAUAGUACAAUGGUCAAAGGAAUGGAAGUAUUGUUGAGGAAAGAAGAUAUGCUUUGCCCCUCAGAUAACAAUAUGGAUUUGCAAUUGAUAACUAGCAUAGGAAAAGAUAAUCGAUUUGAGUUAAUACAAGAAGAUGAAACAUCACAACGGCAAGAAUUGCAAAAACAGAGGGUUAACACUUACAUUCAAGGCGCUAAAAAUGAAAUAAAAGAAACUGGCAAACCUGCAUCAUCUCGUGCACAGAGAAAUCGCAGAUUUAUCGAGAAGUCUCAAUCCACAGGUACGCAAAAAGAAUUAGUGCGUGAAAACGAAGAUGUAGAUUCGGGAGUAUCGAGAAUUAGCAUAAUUCUUCGAAAUAUUAGUGAAAAAAUAACGAAGAAUAGUAUCGCCAAUGAUACCAUCCAAAAUCUAAGCGAAGUAACCAGUUCACUAAAUUUAUCACUGACUAGUUCAGAGGGGAGUAGCCUUUCUAGUGGAGAGCUGCUAACCACAGAUAUCAGCAAGGAUGAUCGAAUAGAAGUAAUAAAAGAAGAACCAGAGUCUGAUCCAACGCAAGGAGAAAUGAUUUUUGUCGAUUACCUCUCAGAGAAACGAAUAAAAGAGGAGAAUAUCGAGAAAGGUAAUAGGGAUGAAAAUAGUCCACAUUUAGGUUUCAAAUCUCCACCAUCAACGCCACAGAAGAAUAAAAAGAAUUCCCCACCACUCGGAGCGAUCAGAAUAAGAAGUCUUGCUGCGCUACGUAGUAACUCCAAGGAUUCGGACAGUCUAGAUGAUGAUAUGCCCAUCCUGGAACCUAGCGUCGUCCCAUCUAAAGUACAGAAAGGUUCGAAACGUAUUUCACAAGAUUCUAAAAGCAGUAAAGCUUGUAGGAAUACGAAAAGAACAAAAUUGUUGGCCAAUAGGAAGAGUAGGAACACCGUGGAUGGUGAAUUAGUCGGAAAAUCUCUUAACCAGAACGAUGUCAGUUUGGAUGAAGAGGCAGUGAGCAGCGAAUUCCUGAAGAAAGCCGCCUCGUUUAUGGAUACUACCACGAUGACGUGCAAACCUGCAAGUUGCAUCACGCUUCCAUAGACCAACUAUUAAAGCACAUGCUCGCCCACUUCAGCUGGUACCAGUUCCAGUGCCUUCGAUGUACAUUCGUCUCAUACACCAAAGCGGAUUGUCGGAGUCACUUAAGGAUGACGCACGGCAUCCGGAGUAUCCCAAUUGACAAUGAGGUGAUGUUUAUACCGUAUUGGAAGAGUCCGAUGAUGUCCGGGGACUUCCACAAGCUGCUGCGUGGAUGAACAACUGGGCGGAAGGGCCACCGACGAAGAAAUGAUCUGGAGCGAGGACGACAUCAGAAUGGAAGAAAGCAACGCGACAGUUUCGGUGAAGAAGACAACCGAGCCAAAAAUCUACGAUUCCGAUCCAGAAAUGCCAGAGUUAGACGACCCGGAAGAAUCCAAAUCUUCAAUUCCCACCAUCUGGAACAUCGACGACGUCGAAUGCAUCGAUUUAAGAGACGAAGAUCAAGACAGAUCCCUGCUGGAAGUUCCGGAAGAGAUCUACACCUUGCCGGUAUUCGAGGUUGUGGAACUCGACGAACGAAGACCUGGUGCGCUACGAGAAGGGGCGAUCGAACGUAGCAACUGCGCUACACCGUUGUCGACGGAGGAUGAAUCCUGCGAAGCGAUGGAAAAAUCCUCCGAAGCGUUGGAUAAGAGUCCCUCUGACACAGCCAACCUUAGACCUACCAGAAAUAGGAUGCGGAGUAUCAAAACUCUGCAGAGUGAUUUCUUUUACGAUCUGGGGAAGGCUAAUAGACAAAGUGAAACUGUUAAAACCAACGGUCCACUCAAACAGAAGAAAAACGGUAGUUCUAAUAUUAAAAAGGACAAAUAGAGCUGUUUUUUACAAGUGAAAUUUGUAUUUGAUAUUUCUGUGUAAAAAGAUCGAUUGGUUUUUAAGUUGUUUAUAUUUGGGUGGGAAUAUACUAUUUUGCCUACU